UAGAGAGAUAGCCGAUUGAGCUCGGUGAUUAUUCUCUUGUCAUCCAUGUGGGCGGAUGGCUUUGAUGAUGAUGAAGAUUGAAUGUGCGUGCACCUAGGGCGACUGCAAGGAGUAGGGCUCGCUUGCUUGUUGACGACGGAAGGAACAGGUGUUAUUAGGGCGAUUGCUUCGCUUGCUUGUUGGCGAUGGAAAGAGGAAGGAACUGGUUGUGAGGGCGGCGUCCAGAACUACCCCGCCAAAAAUGUGGGUGCAGCGCCAUUCCCGGAGCGUGCAGCACCGUGUUCGCUAUUACACUAAAAAUCCCCGUGUCUGAUGCUCACGGCUCUGCGAGUGUUAAUAACUGCUGCUAUGGA